AUGAGCGAGAAAUGGGACUCAAACUCUUCCGAAAGCUGGAAUCUCAUCUGGAGUAGCAAUGUCACACAGCAUCACUGGUAUUCAGAUAUCAACAUCACAUACGUGAACUACUAUCUCCACCAGCCCCAAGUGGCAGCUGUCUUCAUUAGCUCCUACUUCCUGAUCUUUUUCUUGUGCAUGGUGGGAAAUACCAUCAUUUGCUUUAUUGUAAUAAGGAAUAGACACAUGCACACAGUCACUAAUUUCUUCAUCUUAAAUCUUGCAAUAAGUGAUUUACUGGUUGGAAUAUUCUGUAUGCCUAUCACGUUGCUGGACAACAUCAUAGCAGGAUGGCCGUUCGGAAGCAGCAUGUGCAAGAUCAGUGGGCUGGUGCAGGGGAUCUCAGUUGCGGCUUCUGUCUUCACCUUGGUUGCUAUAGCUGUGGACAGAUUCCGAUGUGUGGUCUACCCCUUCAAGCCAAAGCUCACCGUCAAGACAGCCUUUGUCAUGAUUGUGAUCAUCUGGAGCCUGGCCAUCACCAUUAUGACUCCAUCUGCAAUAAUGUUACAUGUACAAGAAGAAAAAUACUACCGUGUGAGACUAAGCUCCCACAAUAAAACCAGCACAGUCUACUGGUGUCGGGAGGACUGGCCAAGACAGGAAAUGAGGAGGAUCUAUACCACGGUGCUCUUUGCAACCAUCUAUCUGGCUCCACUCUCCCUCAUUGUUGUCAUGUAUGCAAGGAUCGGGGCUUUCCUCUUCAAGCCUUCAGCACUCUGCACGGGCAAGCAGCGCCCAGAGCAAUGGCACGCAUCCAAGAAGAAACAGAAGGUCAUCAAGAUGCUGCUGACUGUGGCCCUCCUUUUCAUCCUUUCCUGGCUUCCCCUGUGGACCCUGAUGAUGCUCUCAGACUAUGCUGACCUGUCUCCUAACAAACUACGCAUCAUCAACAUCUAUGUCUACCCUUUCGCCCACUGGCUGGCCUUCUGCAACAGCAGUGUCAACCCCAUCAUUUAUGGAUUCUUUAAUGAAAACUUUCGCAAUGGUUUCCAAGAUGCUUUCCAGAUCUGCCAAAAGAAAACCAAACCCCAGGAAGCCUAUGCCCUAAGAGCUAAACGCAGCAUGGUCAUAAACACAUCUGGCCUGCUGGGCCAGGAACCGGCAUCUCAAAACCCAGGUGGGGAAAAUCUGGGAUGUAGAAAAAGUGCAGACAAUCCCACACAGGAAUCCUUGAUGGAGGAAAUUGGAGAAUCUACUAAAAGUACUGAGGCUUAG